AUGGCGUUUUUCGCCUCACCGUGGGCACGAUGGGCGGCGACUGUGCAACGCCGCUGCAAAGUCUCGCCAUCCUCGUCGUCGACUACCAGAUCACGCGCACACAGUAACUUUUGCGUCGGCACGGCAGAGUCGAAGCCCUUCCAGGUGAAGCCCAACAUCGGUGUGCCCGUGUGGAAGCCCAGCGCCAAGUACAGGAAAUGCAAGCUAGCCUGCUGGCUCUCAAACAACCUGCUCGCCAUUGCCGCCUAUCAGCUGGCGCUGGAGGUGGGCCUCACAGCGAUUUUCGGAGGCCUGCUGUACGCGCACAAAAUCACGGCGCAGGGCGUGUGUGAGGGGCUUGCGGCGUACCACUACCCCUUUGUUGACUGGAUCGACGUCGAGGGGGGCGUGUACACGGAGCCGGUCUGUGUGGGUCCCUUCACGUUAAACGCGCAGAAGAUGACGGCACUGCACACGGGUCACAACAUCGCCAGCGGCAUUCUGCCGCUGCAGGUACUGCUACUCGUGAUGAUGCUUCUGCCGCUGCAGCAUGCCUCUCGACUCUUGCGACACACAGCGUCGACCACAGUCGGUGCGUCGCGCGCCGCUAGUGGUGUCGGAGGUGGCAAUGCCGCUGCAGCUGCGGCGGCAACGACGGCGCCACCGACCUCCGUGUCGAGCGGGCCACGGCGUGCAUCGUACGCGCGUGCCGCCAGUCCAAAGAAGCCCUCAGCGACGCGGCCCUUUUGA